UCAAACUGGCCCAUAAGUAAGGCAUAAGGUUGAAGUGAUUAGUGGGCUGGUCAGCCCAUGGCGCCGAAGGCACAACUCGAUCUGCUUCCCUCAUUUGCCGUUCUGGCAGUUCGCCCUUCCUCUCUCACUACCUGAGAAUUGUUACCGGUGAUUGUAAACCCCGUCGAUCCUCUCUGUCGAUGCUGAUUCGGAAGAGAUUAGUGUCAAAAUCCAGUAAUUCACAACAUAAAAUGUCUAUCUCUCUGAGAAUCGAUUAACUUUCUUCGGAUUCUGAUCGGUUCCAAGCAUGAACUUCAGUGAGCUCAAUUUGGAUGUCUGAUCGCAAAAUCAUGUGGUUUUCCUUUUGGAAAUCUAGAGAUCGAUUCUCCUUAGAUGAGAUACUUAACCGAUCAGUUGCAGAAAGUUCAAAUUGUUAAUGCAGUUAAUAAGGAUUUUGUUGUUGAGGCUUUGAGAUCAAUUGCCGAGUUAAUAACCUACGGUGAUCAGCAUGACGCAAACUUUUUCGAAUUCUUCAUAGAGAAGCAAGUCAUGGGGGAGUUUGUCCGAAUAUUAAAGAUUAGCAAAACUUUCACUAUUUCACUUCAGCUGCUGCAGACAAUGAGUAUCAUGAUACAGAACCCAAAAAGUGAACAUGCUAUUUGUAAGUUGGUUCUUAAGCAAAAGAAUGUGUUUAUGCCUUUUUACAUUCCUGGUCUGAUAUUUAAUGAAUUGCAUUCGGUUAAGCAUCUUCCUCUCUGGAAAUUUUGCUGAUUACAUCUUACCUCAAUCUUGAAGAAAAUCUUGAAACCAAGCUUAUAAAAGUUCCAAACCCUUGAUUCAAGCUUCCUUCUCCUUGAUCUCCUUCAAAAUCCUCCUUCCCUCUCUAAUUCUCUCUGUCUCGGCUAUUCCUCUUUCAAUAUAAUGAAAAUGAACCCAAAAUUUCCCAUUCGUGUGUUUCAAAAAUACAGUUCCCCGACAAGUGUCCAGACAGCUCAAAGAGUGUCCGGACACUUUGUGAAGAAAUUGAGACAGAGUUUCUCUGCUCGAGGUGUCCGGACACUUAAUCUGGGUGUCCGGACACUUCCACCAGUUUUUGAAAUAUUCACUUUAUACAAUCUUCAAUCUAGGUUUACUGAUGAAAUAAUGAAUUUUCACCAUAAUUAAUCUCUAAAAUUUACAUUUUUGAGAUUGGGUUGUCACAUAUGCAUAAUAGAGAUUUUAUCAAAAUAUUCUACCAAAAAUGAUUUAUGGUAUAAAUAUUUUUCAUCAUCUUCUUACAAAAAUUAUAAAUGAUUUUUAUGAUCUCCUUGCCAUCGCCAGACUACCACCAUUUAUUGAAAGGUAUACAAUUAUUUUAAUUUUUGAUUUAGAUUUUCAUCAAUUAACCAGUAUAUAUAAAUUGAUAAUCUCCUCGUGACUCAUUAGUAUCCAAUCAUAUAUAUUUUUUAAAUUCU